AUUAAAUUUAAUGUAAUAAGAGGAGGAAGAAUAAUAAUAAUAAUAAUAAUAACCUUAGGAUUAAGAUGAUGAUUUAAUGAUUCCACUUAAUGUGUAAUCUAGACUUGCUGAAUUUACUGAUAGAUAUUUUGUAAAAUCUUUUUCAGAGCAUCAAUAUGUGUUUUAGCAUUCAAAUCGUCUAUAUUUGAGUGGAAUCAAUAAGAAUCAUCCUAUAGUGUAGAGUGAAAGUAAUAUUAAGGAGAUUGAGUUUCUAUAGAAGGAAUAGUAAGUGAAGGGAAAAAAGAAGAAGGGAGGUUUGAAGGUUAAAAGUGAUACAAAGAUGUUGAAGGUGCAUUUAGAGAAUGGAGAGACUUAUGAGAUUGUAGCUGGACAUGAUGGAUACAUUAUAGAGAUGAAUGAAAACUUAUAAAGAAAUAAAUAAUAUUUAAAAUAAUAUCCAGAAUCAAAAGGCUUUGUGUGUAUUAUAUAAGGUUGUCGUAAAUGA